AUGAGUCUGGGUAUCAUGGAAGAGGAAGAUCUGGCCGAGUACUUCCUGCUGCAGUAUGGGGAGCGGCUGCUGCAGAUGCUCCAGAAACUCCCCAAUGUUCAGGGACAGUCGGAGUCCCCAUCCAUCCGGCUACUGGAGGAAAAGGCGCUGAAAAUCAUGCUUCAUAAUAUCCUGCAGAAGAAGAAGAUGUGUCAGCGCAGAAUGGAAGCCCUGAACCUGCGCUGGGAGGAACUGAGCGUUAAGGAAGCCCAGCUGAUGGCUCGCCUCCAGUUCAUCCAGGAGAACAACCAGAAAUGGAAUCCGUGCCAUCAAGAAAGCCAACAAGGACGAGAACUCAAGCGCCAGCACAUGCAGGAGCUGACCAAGGGCAAGCAGGAGAUGGUGGUGCUGCGGCUGGAGCACCAGCGGCUGAGCGCCAAGCUGCAGGGCUACUCCAUCUUCAACAAGUACCUAGAGAAGGUGGGUGGAGAACUCCGAGGAUGGGCACCCUGCUCUGAGGAGAUGCAGCCAGCCCUAGGGGGCAGUGGGGAGCAGCUAAAAGAAGCCUCUGUCCCUGUGGCAGUAGCCCAGGGACUUCUUAGUUCCUCUGUGCCUCUGGCGGCAUCGGACACUGCGAUGUCCCUCCAGAAACCUCCCUCUGCCCUCAACUCGGUGGCACCUCCCUCUCUCCCCUACCUCUGCCCCCUCCUUCUCAGGUUCCUCGG